GCGGAAGUGACGCGCAUGCGGAGCCGCGGCGGGGCCGUGCCGCCAUGUCGCGGAGCCCCGAGCGGCGGCCGCAGUUGUGAGUACGGGCGGGCCCGGGGCUCCGCCUCGCAGGGACGCCCCGCCAGGUGGAGGAACAAGCCUCUUUGGAGGUUUCUUCUUGGUGACAUUUUGCAGCCCUAGUUAGUUGGGGGUGCAGCAUUACAGGCUGUAUGUACCGAGUCAUUCAGACAACGGGACCAGAUGGAAAAAACCUUCUGAAAUUGCUUCCCAUUUCUAAAACUUCUGAAAGCUUUGUACCAAUAGUUCAGUCUCCAGCCAUGCCAAAUAAUUCUAACGCAAAUGUUUCUAGCCCAGUCCAUCUUACUUAUAAGACACAGAUUGGCAAUACUGCUGCACCUUCAUCUGUUAAGAUACCGAUUCUUCAGCCUCCUAAUCCUGGAAAGAUUAUUCUUACGACGACAUUAGACAAGCAGGAAAGUGCUAGGGCAGGUUCUGAAAAGGAAAGCUUGAUUCCAAGUGCAGCUGCCAAUGCCCAGAGCAGCUGUAUGCCCAUGGAUGGAGUGUCCUUGCAGAACGUGGCCAUCAUGAGCUCUUCUCACCAGAGCAGCACAACCUACAUGGUAAUGAAUACCAAACCCCUCCCAGUGACUGUCAAGUCUCCAGUGGUGCCUUCCGGACACCACCUCCAGAUUCCAGCUGAUGCAGAAGUGAAAUCUGUCCCAGCGUCUCUUUUGCCACCUGCAGUACAGCAAAAAAUCCUGGCAGCUGCAGCCGCCAAUGUGUCUGGAGGGGCUGACAGUACAAAAACGCCGACGGUGAUUUACGUGUCACCCGUAAACACAGUGAAAACCUCCCAAGUCCUGCCCAAGCACUUGCAGAGCUUUUGCCCCAAACCUGCCACGGAAGUUUCAAAGACACUGAUAGUGACAGCUGCCCAAAAGGGAUCUGGUUCUUCUCCUGAGCCAGUCACAUCUGAGGGGCAGCAGUGCCAGCAAACUCCCAUGAAAUGGAUUGUGCAAGAAACUGCCCCACUCUCAGCAGCUUGUCUUAUCCCUGUAAAGUCUUCAAAUAAUGCGGCUUCCAAGAUCCUGAAAACUUUGUCAGACACGAAGAAUGUAGAAGUUAACCCUGCAAAUAUUUUGCCACUCUGUUCUAAUGGUCCUGGUGGAAGCCAAACCAAAAUCACACCUUUAAAAGAUAAUGCUCUGGUCAUGUACAAUGGGAAAAUCUAUUUAUUGACCAAAAGAGGCUCUGAUAUUCUGUCAGCCCAGGCUGACAAACAGGCAUCUUCCUCUUCUGAUGCUUUACUUAAAAAGGAGACACCCAAGCAAAUUGAUUCUACUGAAGUCAAUAAAAUAACCAGUAAAGUGGUGAAUCUGGUGUUUUCAAAAAGCAAAGGAGUGGUGCUAUCUCAGAAAGACCCAAAACCGCGUACAGUUUCCAAAAGUUCGUCACCAGUUAGCUUAAGAAAUGACUUAAAAUCCACACCUGCAGCUCUGCUAACACCAAGUGCUAAUCAGCAGGAUCCCACUGUAAGCCAGAGACAGAGUUUGCCCUCCAUCAAGAGCGUUUCUUGCAGUGAAGUGAUCCCAGUUCCAGCAGUAGGGAUGCAGGAAAGUGUGUGGCAAAAUGGCAAAGAUAUGAGUCAUUCCCCAAGAGCAGCGGGGGCUGUGUUACCUCAGGCUAAGCAGGAAUGUGCUGUCAGUGAAGACUGGCCAAAGAUGCAAUGUGUAAAGAUGGAUUCACCGGGAAAGGUUAUUCAAAUGAAACACCAAGAGCACCCACACUGGAGACAAUACUUGGAAUUAAGGAAAAAAUUUGGUCUAUUUAAGGAGGAGAGAGUUUACCUUACAAGAAUACCAUCAAGGGCCUUCUGUGAGAAUACAGAAGAAAGGGUUUGUUCCAAUGACAGCUUGGAAAGGAAAAAUGAGUCUUGCAGUUCAUCCUCAUUGGAUGUGGAAAUAAUGAGUGAUCAUCAAGAAUGUGUUGAAGAAAAGAUAAUUGUGGAUCUGGAAGAGGAUUUGAUUAGGAAAAGGAAAAUAAAAUCCUCACCUUUGUCAGACAGUGGCAAGAGGAGGAGAACUUCAGUCAAAUCAUCCACAAGUCCUAGUUUAGAAAUCACCAGCUCAAGUUUCAGUGCACUUAAAAGGAGUGUUUCACCUGCACCAGCCUCACCACAGCCAAGUGUUCCCACUGGCUUCGUUGGAGUGUCCCAAGAGAGGGACUUGGAACAGGACACAUUCCCCCAGUACAGUGACAUUACCCACCCUGGGAUUUCACUUUUAGUGACUUCUGAAGAGGAUACUUCCAUUCUGGAAGGUUCUUUCCGAGAUGAUGCUUUCCCUGUGGCUCCCCCAGACCUGGAUGAAACGAUACGGGAUGAAAAAAUCAAGCGACUGAAGCAGACCCUGCGGCAGCGGACCGCGGCGCUGGAGGAAUUCCGGCAACGGGAAAUGCAGCAGAGCUGAGACCCCUGCCCUGGGGAUCCCAACCUUGUGCAUCACCUCUUCAGUGAUUUCAAGAGGAAAUCCUUUGCUUAAAUGAAUAUUUCUGGUAGAUGGAAUAACUAGAAGUUUAAGUAUGUGUGUAUUUACAGAACUGUAAGUUUUUGUUAAAUGCCAGAAGUAAGAGACUUGACCAUCAAAUUCUACUUCUAGGACAUGAUCCAAGAGCACAGAUAAAGGGCAUUUUUACCAGCAUAUUCCCCAUAUUUUUAAUUGAGGGGGUUCUGUAUUAGUCUCAGCAAAUAAACUUUCCCCUUUCGAAUUCCAUGGCCUGGCUCUUAGAACCCCAAUGCAAAUUGCAAACCCUAGCUGUAGAUACUUUUUUGUUUGUUUUUCUCAUGUGCAUGAGAACUUCGAUGUAUUCCUGAGAACUGUUAAUUUUCAGAAGAGGUCAACAGUCAGUGGUUAAUAAAUGCUAGUUAAAUAAUCUGGAAAUUAGACUUUAGACAGUAGCAGUGCAGAUACUUAUAUAAAACCUCUUGCAGAUGUGAAGACAUAGGCAGGAGAAGCCCUGUGACAGUUGCUUGGAUUCAUGGCUCUCUCUGUCAUUAUUGUGAGCCUUUAUAAGGUCAUGACCAGAUGUGCAAUGUGGAAAUUUGGUUGUGGGGUUUUUUUUGAAGAGUGGGAUGUAUUUUUUUUAAACAGAAUUCUGUUAAUAAUAAUUUCUUGACGCUAAAAGACUUCUUUAUCUGUCAGUGAUAUCUUUAACAAUCCUCAAUGAGUGUCUUUUAAUAUGUUGUUUAAACAUGUCUCUUGCCACCUUCAGUUAUGGUAUCUUAGUUUGCCUUGUAGGAGGGGAUGUGCCCUCAGACUGUCUUUACAUCCUAAGUUUUGUAGAACUUUUUGUGUAUUUCCCCACCACGCUCUGUUAUAUGUGUAGGGACACCUUUCCUUGUCUUCUGUUGUCAUGUCUUUGAUCAUUGCAGUUCCUUCUGCAGUUUUUCAGUGUUCUCUCACCAAAUAAUAACUUUUUUGCCAGCAGAGUUUGUUAUUGCUUUGUUCCUGUCUGUUUAUAUUUAUUUUAAACAUCACCACUCCUGGCAGAACUCUGUUGCAGAUUUGUGUUCACUGAAGGCUUUUUUUUUUUACUGUCCUUACUUCUGGUUUUAUUCCUAUUUUGUUUAAUUUUAAUCAAAUUUUCAUCUGCAGGGUUUUCAUUUAUUAUCCCACAGAUGUCCAGUUUUUCUAUAGGGUUUUGGUGGAGAUGGAUGCUUCUUGGAGAGCUGAGUUCCAUAUUCCUUACUUAUUUAAGUUUUCACAGUGGGAAAAAUUCCAAUAGUUUGGAGAGGCAAGACAGCUUUUUACAAGGGAAGAAAAAUGAAGUUCCUGCUCUGAAGAAUCACAGAAUCAGAGAAUGGUUUGGGGUGUAAGGAAUCUUAAAGCUCAUCUCAUUCUACCCCCUGCCGUGGGCAGGAACACCUUCCACUAUCCCAUGUUGCUCCAAGCCCCGUCCAACCUGGCCUGCAACACUUCCAGGGAUGGGGAAAGCUUAAGCUAGACCAAGGUGAUGGACCAGAUGCACAGUGAUGGGUGAGGAGGGAAAGUGAAUAAUGGAAAUAAACUCUGCAGUGAUUGAGAU